UUAUUUCAAAAUUGGAGCUUGUCGUCAUGGAGAUCGGUGUUCUAGAUUGCACAAUAAACCAACUUUCAGUCAGACCAUCUUGAUUCAAAACAUCUACCGUAACCCCCAAAACAGUGCACAGACAGCCGACUCUUCUCGCUAAGAUACUUCUCUGCUUCAUCAAAGCCCUAAGACCUUUACGUACCAGUUCUCUUGUCAUCUUGGAUGGAUCUCUGACCUCUCCUGCUGACCCCACUCUCCCCAAUUCACUUGUUUUCAUGGAUUGCCUAAUUUAUAAUGUUGAUAUCUCAUGUGGUCUGUAGACCUGGAUGCUAAACAGUCGUAGAGUUUCUUUUACAAAGAUGCACAUUUUGUAUUUCAGACUAUUGUCCUCAUGAACAUAUACCGUAACACUCAAAACUCUGCCCAGUCUGCUGAUGGUUUACACUGUGCUGUUAGUGAUGUGGAAAUGCAGGAACAUUAUGACGAGUUUUUUGAGGAAGUCUUCACAGAAAUGGAGGAGAAGUAUGGAGAAGUCGAGGAGAUGAAUGUGUGCGAUAACCUUGGUGAUCAUUUGGUCGGAAAUGUUUAUGUGAAGUUUCGGAGGGAAGAGGAUGCUGAGAAGGCUGUAUUGGACUUAAAUAAUCGCUGGUUUAAUGGCCAACCAAUACAUGCAGAGCUCUCACCAGUUACAGACUUCAGAGAAGCCUGUUGUAGGCAGUAUGAAAUGGGGGAGUGCACUAGAGGCGGUUUCUGUAAUUUCAUGCACUUGAAACCCAUUUCUCGAGAGCUGAGGAGAGAGCUUUAUGGACGUCAUAGAAAAAGACAUCAUUCUCGGUCAAGAUCUCGUGAAAGACGCUCUCGCUCUCGUGACCGCAGCCAUGGAGGUCGUGAACGCAAGAGGAGAAGAUCAAGAGAUCGUGAACGUUCUGGAAGAUUUUGAGCCAUGACACAGUUUUGCUGCCUAUGUUUUGUUGCUUAGUGUCAUCAACCAAUGACCGACAUUUUUGUGAGACAUCAAAUGCCAUCGUUACUUGCUUGAAACCUUUUAGUUUGUCACUUUGUUUAUUUACUUUUUUUUUGUGUACAUUUGAAAGAAUUUUAUUUCUCAUUAAAAGUGCAUUUUUAUAAAUUG